AUGGGUAGAGGUUCCGACAGGCCGGUGACCUUCGUCUUCGAUGGAUAUCAGGGGUCGAACAUUCUCAACAAGUCGACCAUCAACGCACACGUUGCGCGACAGGCACAUCAACGGCGGCGGGAGAAGGACGAGGCACUGAAGAACAAAGGACGAAGCGGUGGCGCUGGCGGUGGUGUCGAGAAUGAGAAAAGACAGGCACAGAAACAACGGCACCAGCAACAACCGUCUUCGACGGGAACAGCCCCGCGUACCGAGGACUACGACAGCGGGUAUGAGAGCGGCCUCCUCACUCCGGUGAUCCUGGCGGGAAACUCUGAUCCCUUCUCGUCCAAAACCAUCGCCGUCACGCCCGAAGUCCACCGUCUCCUGGUCUUCACGCGGGACUUCAUCCUGCCUGCCGUCCACGCCAACGAGGCGUCGGUCGUGGGCGGGCGACACCACAUCGAUCGGUUCUGGAUGGACAGCGUGCGCGCACUCGACGACGGCGGCGUGGCCGGCUACGCGUACCUCGCGCGGUCCGCGGCGAUCCUGUCGACCCUCACGGCCCACAAUCGCUCGAGCGUCGUCAUGGCGUUGCAGUACCUCGGCAAAGCGACGAACAAUCUGAGAAAAUCCAUGGCGAAGAGGAGCCGGCCGGACGCGCAGCCCGACGCGUGGAGCGUUUAUGCGCUGUUUUGUGCCGAGAUCGCCGCCGGGAACCUCGAGGGCGCGAGGGUCCAUGGGCUGAUGCUGCGGCGCCUUCUCCAGCCCGACGGCGGACGGACCUUUGACGGCGAGCGACGGCUCCUGAUGGUCGUCUUGCAGCAGGACAUUACGCGGGCGUGCCUUUCCCUGACGAGGCCGUCGUUCGACCUGCUCCGCUGGGCCGAAGAAAACCUCCCGGCCAGGAUCACCGACGACCUGAGCAGGGAAGGGGGGGAUGGUGUCUGUCACCCAUCGGCAUUCCCCUUCUCUACCGCGAACCUGUCCCCUUCGUUGUCCCCGACCCUGCGCGCCGUCUUCGUGGGUGUUCGUGAGUGGCUCGACGCCCUGGGCAUGAUCAUGCUCAACCGCGACCUGUUCAACCUGGCCAUCCUGAUCAAUGGCGCCAUGAGGAUCAUGGUCCUCGAGGGCUGCCUGCUCAACAACUACCUGGACUGCAUGGAAGACUGGGAACUCGGCCACUCGCCCGCCGCACUGGCCGAGGCCUGCCUAAGCCUCGCCGCGUUGUACUGGGUGCGUCGGGCCGCGCACGAGCGCAUGGACGCGGGCUCCAAGCUCGAGGAGGCCGGGUCGUGGGCUUUUGACAUGAGCCGCAUCGUCUCGAUCACCCUGCGCGACCUCGACGCCAGGAUCCUCCAGAUGGAAACGUCUUCUUCCACACUUCCGGCCGGGACGCAGGUGCGGACCGCUGAGGACAGGCUGUGGUGUCUGUACGUGGGGACCGUCGCCGAGUGUAACGUCCGCUCGCAGAGUCAGAAGUGGAGACAGAAGCAGAGCAAGAGCCAGAAACAGGACCGCCGUCCAGCUGUCACCACCACCACCGCCACCGCCGAACGCGACGGGAAUCUCGGGUGCGAGAGCGAAUGCAAUUACCACGGCCCGCGGCUCACACAGCUCGCCACCAACGAGAUGCACCUGUCGACGUGGUCCGAGAUCGAGGCCGUCGCGCAGCGGUACCUGUACGUCGACAUGAUCAGCCACAAGACGAAGAAAUGGUAUGCGAAUGAAACGUCAAGGCCCGUGGGCUUUCCUCCCUGA